AUGUGGACACAUAAUCAACAGGAGGACAUUGAAAAGGGAGAACUGUGGGAAGGAAAACACGCCCAACCUCAUUACACGCCAGGCUGUGGCAUGCAACGCCUGCUUGCUGAAAAAUGCUGUCAUGCGCAAAGGCUGCCUCACCCCCUUGGGCACUCGGGGACCAGCAUAAAAGCCGGCCCAGUGCCUCUCUCCCUCACACACUUCUCCUCUGCGGUUAACAAGGUGAGCCUGAUACGUCUUCCAGGGACCCUCCACACCACACACAUGGCCUGCUACGACCUCUGCCGCCCCUGCGGACCCACCCCGCUGGCUGACAGCUGCAACGAGCCCUGUGUCAGGCAGUGCGAGGACUCCCGCGUCGUCAUCCAGCCUCCCCCCGUGCUCGUCACCCUGCCAGGACCCAUCCUCAGCUCCUUCCCACAGAACACUGCCGUCGGAUCCUCCUCAUCCGCUGCCGUCGGCAACAUCCUCAGCUCCCAGGGAGUGCCUGUCUCCUCCGGAGGCUUCGGCUACGGCUAUGGCUUUGGAGGCCUGGGCUGCUUUGGUGGCAGAAGAGGCUGCUACCCCUGCUAA